CCGGAGUGUAAUUAGGUUGUUAUAGGUUUUUAUGCCGAACUAUUACGGAGUUACUGUGUUUACACGCGAAUAUAAAUGAAUUUAAAAAAAAGCAACGUGGCUGAAAAUAUUAAAUGUUUUUGUAGCUGUUAUUAUUAUUAAAUAUAUAUGAUUUAAUUUAGAUGUUCAACAAUGGACAACACGCGUUUAUCCCGGAGAUAAACAGCGUCACAUCCUGUUUCCUUUUGCAGUUUUUUUUUUUUUUUUUUUUUUUUUAGGGGCCUACAAGAAACGAAAAGAAGAUACAUGCAGCGACUGUUUACAGUAAGCCACACACUUCAGCUCCUCGAUUAAUUUAGCGUCAGCCUGCAGUGAAACCGGAAGGAUGCCUGCAGCAGAGAACAGCCAUGCCCAGCGUGUCCUGUCCUCCCUGAACCAGCAGAGGGCAGUAGGCAGGUUUUGUGAUGCCGUGUUGAAUGUUGGAGGUGGGGUGGUCUACCUGGCCCACCGCAACAUCCUCGCCUGUUUCAGCGAACUGUUCCAACAGUCCAACAUGCCGGCUGCACCGUGUAUGGAGUUCUGCCUCCAGGAGUGCCCCAACGAUGGCCUGGAGCUGCUCCUGAACUUCGUCUACACCGGAGAGCUGAAGUUAAAUCCUGACAACUUGGACAAAGUGCGGCAUGCGGCAUCCAGCCUGGGUGUACCAGAAGCUCUGGCACUCUGUCAGCAGUUUAAGGAAACCUGCGAGGAUCCCACGCCUUUUAAGCGUAAAAGAGGGAGACCUAGGAAGUCAGAUACGACCCCUGCUUGUUCAGUCAAGGAAGAGACCAUACCUACAACCGCAAAAGAUGAGUCCAGCUUUGAAACCCAACCAAAUUUAAGCAUGGCUGCAACUGCCACGAGCACCACCACCCGCUCUGGUCGUGUAGUGAAGGGCCCCAGGCGACUAGUGACUGAUGAAAGCUCCACCACUGAUUUUACCACUCCUGAAAAAUCCAGCAAGAGGCCUCCAGUUAAUCCCACAGAGAGAGAAAGUGGGGAUGAAGUUGUGGAAAAGCCAGAUCAUCCAACCGGUGAAGCUGAGGUGACGGAGCUGCAGAUCAACGUGAAUGACAACGGCGUGGGCCAGGUGCUCGAGGAAGUCGAAGAUGAUGAUGAUGUGGGGGAUUUUGCGGGAAUCCCCGAAGACACGGACGAAGAGUACGUCCCCAUCGCAGAGCCCAGUUCCUUAUCCCCGUCCACGUCGACGGCACGGAAACGGAAGGCCACGUGUAAAACGGACAAAAACGAAAACGGCGAGGCUGUGGAAGAUGACAAGAAGGACUCUGUGCAGUGUCCUAUCUGUGACAAAUCCUUCAAGAGCAAGUACUACCUCAAAGUCCACAACAGGCGGCAUACAGGGGAGAGGCCGUUUGGUUGCCUCAAAUGUGGAAAGAGGUACUUCAGGAAGGAGAAUCUCUUAAUACACGAGAUCAGAGACUGUGCCAGAGUGCAGACGUACGACUGCGCGACGUGCUCCGCGACAUUUAACACGAAAGAAGAGCUGCGUUUGCACGUCGUCUCCCACACGGGAGAUAUGCCCCACAAGUGUUCAACGUGUCCUGAACAGUUUAUGCACAAAAAGAACUUGACCAUUCACAUGAUGAAGGCCCACGGUUACCCCAAACCACACGCAUGCUCCGAGUGCCCCAAAACCUUCUUAACUCGGACAGAGCUGCGUGUGCACGAAGCGGCCAAACACCGAGGAGAGAAGCCGUUCGUGUGCGAGGAGUGUGGACAUCGAGCCUCGAGUCGAAACGGCCUGCAGAUGCACAUCAAAGCCAUUCACAGAAACGAGCGCCCGUUUGUAUGCACCUUAUGUGGCCAUGCGUUCUCCCAGAAGAACAACUUAAACAUGCACCUGCGUAUACACAGCGGGGAGAGGCCAUACCAGUGUCACCUCUGUGGCAAAACCUUCAGGACGCAAGCCAGUCUAGAUAAACACAACCGGACACACACCGGCGAGCGUCCUUUUAGCUGCGACGUGUGCGAGCAGCGCUUCACGGAGAAAGGCGCCCUCGUCCGUCACAAGGCCAGCAAGCACGAGGAGGGCCGUCCACACUGCUGUCCCAUAUGUGGCAAAACCUUCAAAGCGAGGGAGCAACUCCGUGUUCAUCUGCGGCGCCACAAGGGCAUGAGGAAGUUUGAGUGCAUAGACUGCGGCUACAAGUUCACUCGACAGGCACACCUGCGACGACACAUUCAGAUCCACAAACGCACCGAGAACUACAACCCCCGACAGAGGAAACUGAGGAACGUGAUAGUGCAGGAAGUGGACAGAAGUCCGAGUGAGAACGAGGCGACUGAAGCAGUAGAAACCUCCGACAUCCGGGAGUCCGCAAACCCGGAGCCAGACUCCGGGACAGGCCUCGGUUCCAGCUGCAUCGUGAGGGUGGUGAUCGAAUCGGGUGACGCUGUGAUGGAAGAAGUGGUGUCCAACCAGAACCUGGGACAUGUGGAGGCAGCGGAGAGUUUCUCCGUGCCUGAAGUGUUGCAGCAGACACAGCUGGUCAGCGAGGCCUACGAGUCCUCGAUGGCUAUGGAGGGAAUGGUUGAGAAUAUAUCAGAGAGUAAGACCUGAGGACUAAAAGACCAAAGACUGCUGCUGUGAAGAACACUCGACUGCAACCACAAGUCAGCCACUUGAGUUUGUAGAGACGCCGCACCACGAGAAGAGCAGCUAUCGUCACGCUUUAAGUAGUUGCAUGCUUGUGAAGGCUGCUUGAAUGUGAAAUAUUGUUUGGCUUGUUUUAUUAAGCCUCUUUGUGCCUACUGCAUAAAUGAACCCAGAUCAGCCGGGUUCAGCUCUGUUACUAAAGGUGUUAAAGGAACAGUUCGGCUUUUUGGGAAAUGAAGUCAUUCUAGUCAAAUUAUGGCGGUAGGAAAGGCCUAAAUCUGAUUUUCUUGCUCACGUGUGAAGAUUUGAUUCGAUCUUUUCUGAUUUGGGCGCCACUUGUGCUCCUAAAUCAGAAAUGAUUAUAUUAUUUUCAUUUAUUUAUAUAUAUAUUUUAUGUCACUUAGUCAACUCAAGUGUCUUGAGUCUUCUAGUGGAGAGGCGCUGGCAGAUGUAGUUAAACAUAGCCCUUUGAAUUCUCAUCCUCGUUCACUGGUUUCCACCGCACGUCAACUGAUGAAGAACGCUGACAGCAUGCAGCUGUAUUUCUUAUCGCCUUUUGUGCUGCGUGAUAAAGGCUUGCAGUGUGAACUUAGAUGAGAAGAUUACUACCGUUCACGUUUGUCCAUUAAAUACGAGGCCUACAGCCAGAAGCUGUUAGAUCAUCUUAGCAUAAAAAUUGGUUCUUUGGUCCUGACAAAAGAACCAAUUUUUACUUUGCCUACCAGCACCUCUGGUGUCUUUGACCACUCGUGGCAGCAAUGUUUUUACGUGUGACUCUAAUCCUAUACCGUGACAUCCGUGACUGACAGUUGCAAUGCUCCUGCAAUGACAGUGACAGUGAGACUACUAGUACGUGAACUUGUUUGCGUGUUUUUUUUUUUGUGAGAAUCGGUGAAUGUAAGUUGUAAGAAGACUCCACAGCGUAUCUUUAAUAUUUAAAGACCAAAUGAAUUUGUUUCAUGCCGUGUGCAGAGUCGGUGGACGUGCUGCAGGUUGUAAAAGAUAGCACACCGUUUACAGACUUGCUUGGAAUUAAGACACUACACAGGUUUAUGAUUUCAUGUUAAAAUAUUCAGCUUUAUAAGUGAACGCGUUAGCUUACUGUCGCUAUUUAUAAAAAAAAUAAUUAAAAAAUGAAUGCACACUCUGCUGUUUCACCUGCUGUCAUCAAAUAAACUCUCAGACCUGCCUGCAGUUUCAUUUAUGGUAACACAAACACACACACACACUGUAAACACUAUACAAACACAGUACAGGUUAAGGAUAGACUGUAUUUACAAAAACUGAUUCAACGUCACAAACUCAUAUGAAAACUAAGAAAAAACAAAAGAUGCACUUACAAUAAAAACAUUCAAAAAAUAUUGAGAUUAUUUUGCACUUCCAGUUGUGACCGACGGCCCGUCGCCGUCCUUUACCGACAUCGUUUUUUUGCAGCUGACAGGUAGAGACGUCUUAAGCGAGCACGGCACAAACACAUCCAUAAAUAAACGAUAGAAAACAUCCGUGAAUACAAGUUUUAAAGACAUUUCUUCAUGCACAGUUGACUGCUGGUUAUAAAGGCUGAUGUAUCAACCGGGAAACAUCACAUGCAACCAUUUUUGAAAUUGGACUAUGAUGACAGAAGAUUACUCGGCACGCCUUUUGAGUACGUAACAUAUGAACAAAGCCGUAUGUGUGUGUUUAGUGCGAGACAUCGAUCGUGACUGCCGUCUUUCUCGGAAUGUAAACAGGUUAUUGCUGUUUGUGACCAGAUCUGUGCGUCUUUCUCUGGGUUGCGAAAUCGUGAGAGGAUUCACCAAUAUAACGUCACACGUCUACAACAUUGACUCACAGUGGAGAAAUAAUAAUAAUAAUAAAAA